AUCCGUAUCCCGGUUAUAUAAACCGGGUUAUGUCGCCGUUUAUCUUCCUCCGUUUACUCUCACAGUGUUUACAUUCAAAAUCUCGAAAAUACUCAGCGCCGGAGAAAGAGAUGUUCCGAAUCAAAAUUCUAAGAAGCAGUCUCUCUCGAUCUUACCCACAAGCCUUUUCUCGAACAUCAUCGUCUCUCUUAUCGACAUGGUACUCUCCAGAAUCUAUCUCUCCUCCUCCACAAGCAGACGACGACGUUGAUCCAAUUCUCGUCAAACUCUCAAUCGCCAUCAGAGAUUCUUACAGAGAUCCGUCACUAGAGCUCUCUCCGUUUACGUUAUCCCUCUCUAUCAGGAACCUCCUGCCCUCUCUCAGCUCUCGUCACGUCCUCGAUCUCAUCAACCGCAACCCUCUCUCCCUCCCUCACCAUUCAAUCUUCUCUUUCUUCAAAUUCAUCUCUUCCCAGCCUGGGUUCCGCUUCACCGUCGACUCCUACUUCGCCAUGGCUCGGUUCCUCGCUGUCCACAAGAUGUUCGACGAAGCACAGUCGCUCAUCGCGCUCGUCGUCUCUCGGAAAGGGAAAAACUCAGCUUCCUCCGUUUUCAUUUCUGUGUUGGAAACGAGAGGAAGCGAUUUCCUCGUUGAUGCGUUGAUGAUCGCGUACACUAACGCAGGGUUCAUACCCGAUGCGAUUCAAUGCUUCAGGCUAUCUCGGAAGCAUAAGUUUACAGUUCCGAUUCGUGGCUGCGGCAGCUUGCUUGAUCGGAUGAUGAAGGUGAAUCCAACCGAGACCGUUUGGGGAUUUUAUAUGGAGAUUUUGGAUGCUGGGUAUCCCUCUAAUGUUUACGUUUUCAAUAUUUUGAUGAACAAGUUUUGUAAAGAAUGCAAAAUGUGUGAUGCGCAGAAGGUGUUCGACGAAAUUACUAAAAGAGGUUUGCGUCCCUCUGUGGUUAGUUUCAACAUUUUGAUUAAUGGGUACUGUAAAGCCGGAAACUUGGACGAAGGGUUUAGGGUCAAAGAGCGUAUGGAGAAAGGGGGAACACGCGCUGAUGUUUUCACCUAUAGUGCCUUGAUUAAUGCGUUGUGUAAGGAGAACAAAAUGGACGGAGCUCAUGGGUUGUUUGAUGAGAUGUGUGAGAGAGGGUUGAUCCCGAAUGAUGUUGUUUUCACUACUUUGAUUCAUGGUCAUAGUAGGAAUGGACGGAUUGAUUUGAUGAAAGAAAGUUAUCAGAAGAUGUUAAGUAGGGGUCUUCAGCCUGAUAUUGUUUUGUAUAAUACUUUGGUAAAUGGCUUUUGCAAGAACGGGGAUCUGGUUGCUACGAGGAACGUUGUUGAUGGGAUGAUUCACAGAGGUCUCAGGCCUGACAAGGUUACGUACACAACUCUUAUAGAUGGGUUUUGUAGAGGAGGAGAUGUAGAUGCAGCGUUGGAGAUAAGGAAGAAAAUGGAUCAGAAUGGGAUAGAACUCGAUAGAGUGGGGUUUUCAGUUCUUAUUUGUGGAAUGUGCAAAGAAGGAAGGGUGGUUGAUGCUGAAAGAGGUUUGAGGGAGAUGCUGCGAGCUGGUAUGAAGCCAGAUGAUGUCAUCUAUACGAUGAUGAUGGAUGCAUUCUGUAAGAAAGGUGAUGUUCAAACCGGUUUCAGAUUGCUUAAAGAAAUGCAGAGAGAUGGGCACGUUCCUAGUGUUGUGACGUAUAAUGUUCUGCUUAAUGGAUUAUGCAAAUUGGGACAGAUGAAGAAUGCUGACGUGCUGCUAGAUGCCAUGCUUAAUAUUGGGGUUGUUCCGGACGACAUCACAUUCAACAUUCUAUUAGAAGGUCACCAUAGACAUGCAAAUUCAUCGAAGCAUUAUAUACCGAAACCUGAGAUAGGGACUGUAGCGGACUUGGCCUCUUACAAGUCACUAGUCAGUGAGCUCUAUAGAGCUUCAAAAGAACACCGAAACAGAUAAUACCCAAAGAUUGUUCCUGGAUAUACGAGCUAAACUUUUCUAUUAAUCACCAGAGGUAGUUUUCUUCAUCAUAGGAGCAGUGUGGACAAAACGGAAGCCCUCUCAUCUUUUGCUGCCUUGUGAUAAGGGUAACUGGUUCAGAGGGGCAUGAGGGAAAACGACGAAGAAACCUUAUAAUUGCCGUAGCAUUUUAAGGAUGAUCAGUAAGGUACCUUUUGCCGCCUAAGGACAAGCCCAUUUUGUCAGAAACAGACUCUAAAGCUUCCUUCCAUUUCUUGAUUUGUUCCCCACUUGAAGUCUUAGCUAACCUCCAGAAAUUGCGACCGAACUCAGCCUUUUGGUAUCUCACAGAUGCCGCUUUCACCUUGAAGAAGACGGGUAUCACCUGUAGUUUGCGUUUAUCGGCUCUUUUCUUUAUUUUCGCUAGCUCGUUCAGGCACCAGCGUGACUCUGCGUACCUUUUUGAGAAUAUAGUCAGAGCUAUCCUCGACUGUUUGAUCCUUGCGAAGAGAUGUCUCCGGUCUUUCCCCUUCUGUUCAUCUUUGUCUAUGAAGAAGUUGAUUCGUUGUCUUUUGAAAGCGUCAACAAGGUGGCUCACGAAGCUGCAGCGUAGCUCAUCUCCCCGGAAGUUGAUGAACACUUGGUUAUCGUCAUGGCUGUGGAGGGAGCCAGAUAAUGUAGUAUCCUUUGAUGGGAACUUGCUAUUGCUCUUUUUCAUGUUGGCUAAGUUUGAAUGUGAGCAAUGAAGAAUAGGGUGGUUUGUUCACUCAACUGCACUACUGCAGGUUUUGUAUUGCCAAGAGCACUUGGUAUCUCGGCUAUAUUUGCUGGAGCUUUAUAGACUCAAAGGCAAUCCAUAAAGCGUAAAUAUAGAAGUAUAUAACAAUUGCUGUUUUAAAAAAAUUCUAUCUAAUAUAUUUUAAAUUAGUUUUAGAUUA